AUGGCGGGAUCGAGUGCCUUCGACGUCCUCUUCAUCGCUGUCAAUCACAGCAUCACUCUGAUGGGGAAGGUGUGGCUCAUUGUCAUGGUCCUCCUGCGCCUGCUGGUCCUGGUCUUCGCCGGGUACCCGCUCUACCAGGACGAGCAGGAGCGGUUUGUGUGUAACACCAUCCAGCCCGGCUGCGCCAACGUCUGCUACGACCUGUUCGCCCCCGUCUCGCUCUUCCGCUUCUGGCUGGUGCAGCUGCUCACCCUGUGCCUCCCCUCCGUCCUCUUCAUCGUCUACGUCGUCCACAAGGUGUCCGGCGCCCUCACGGUGGACCUGAGCUCUGCGGCGAGCAGCAAGACCUUCCGGCUGCUCAAGAUCCGGCCGGAGCCGCCGGGCGGGGCGUCGGUGAGCAAGGCGCCGCCGCUGGCCGGGUGCUUCACCGGAGCCUACAUCGUCCAGCUGGUGUUCAGGACGCUGCUGGAGGCGGGGUUCGGAGCGGCCCACUACUACCUGUUCGGCUUCUACAUCCCCAGGAGGUUCCUGUGCCAGAACCCGCCGUGCACCACGCAGGUGGACUGCUACAUCUCCAGGCCCACCGAGAAGACGGUGAUGCUCAGCUUCAUGCUGGGCGCGGCGUCGCUGUCCCUCCUCCUCAACAUGCUGGACUUCAUCUGGGCCAUCAAGCGCUCGGUGAGGCAGAAGAGCAGGAGGAAGAUGAUGAUGGAGAAGCUCUUCGUCGAGGAGGAGCGGUGUUUCCUCACAGCCAGACAAACGUCAACGGGGACGGAACCGGCCCCUCAGCGGGAUCUGGAGGCGGCGCCCGGUCCAGUGGAGAGUUUCCGGAAGAGGCAGGGCAGCAGGGGUUCGAGGGCCGGGGGAAUGCUGGAUUUCGGUCCGGAGCUGCCGGCGCUGGAGCACUGCUCUCUGCCUCGCGCUCUGAGGAAUCCAGAUUCCAACUCCAACGGGAACAACGGCUACUUUUCCCAGGAGGAGCGGGACGGCAGCGAGGUGGCCCUCUGCCCUCAGGACCCGACCGGGACGCCCAGAUCCAUCCGGGUCAGCAAGCGCAGCAAGCUCAAGCCCCCGCCGCCACCCAGACGGACUCUGGCGCUCCCCUCCGGGGACGUUUCCGCGACAACAGCGGUCUGUACCCGCAGGCUGGGUCAGUACACGCUGGUGGGGCUGGGCAGCGGAGCCGAGGUCCAGACCGCCGAGGACGGGCUGGAGAAACGGUCGGAGUGGGUGUGA